AUACAGACCUUCGAUUCAUUUUUACUGGCAGUCAAAUAUAAAUCGGCGAUCAAAAUGGUUGGGAGUGCAAGUAGUUAUUUUUGUAUUUUACUAGCAGUUACUUCGUUGCUCUACGGAGCUAAAGGAGCAAAUAUCCUAGGACUCUUCCCUAGUCUGAGUCCCUCACAUCUGAUCAUUUCGAUGUCAGUUGCCAAGAUUUUGGCAGAGGAGGGACACAAUGUGACGGUGGUUACAGUAUUGGAGCCAACAAUUACCCACAAGAAUAUAAACUUGGUUUCAGUGCCAAUGACCAAGGAGGAAAUAAAGCAAAGAAGCGAGACAAUUGGAGCCAAACAAAAGAAUUCAAGCCCCAAUCGGUUGAUUUCCGUUCUUAAUAUGUCAGGUCAAAUGGACUCCAUGUUGAGGAAGAUGGCAGAUGUCCUGAAGGACCAACGAGUAAAGGAGCUGUACUUAAACAAAGACAAUCACUUCGAUUUGGUGAUAUCGGGCUAUUUCAUGAACGACUACCAACUUGGAUUCGCUAGAAAGGUGAAUGCUCCGGUUGUUGUCCUUGCUCCCAGUUCACCCAGCCAGAUGCUAAACUCUCUGAUUGGCAAUCCCCAUGAUACAGUGGAGAAGGAGAAGGGCAUGACUUUUGGACAGCGUUUAGAUAGCUAUAUAACUAGCCUCUUGUACGGAAUAUUUGUGCGCCAAAUUGACUAGCGAAAUCGUAAAUACUAUAGGGAGAUUUUUGGUGAUGACCCCACCAUGCCGGAAUACAUGGACAUGCUAAAGAAUACAUCAUUGGUUUUCUUCUGUUCCCAUGCAGCCAGCGAGGGACCCAUUCGGCCUAGUGUGCCAGCUGCCGUUGAGAUUGGAGGCAUUCAGAUCAAGGAUAAGCCGGAUCCCCUCCCUAAGAACCUGGAGGAGUUCCUUAGCAAUGCUACCCAUGGAGCCAUUCUUCUGAGUCUGGGUUCCAAUGUUCAGGGAAGCCACAUCAAGCCGGAUAUAGUGAACAAGAUUUUCAGCGUUCUCUCAAAUCUCAAGCAGCGGGUCAUUUGGAAAUGGGAGGAUCUCGAUAAGACGCCCGGUGAGUCCGACAAUAUUCUCUACUCCCGUUGGCUGCCACAGGACGACAUACUGGCCCAUCCGAGCGUCAAACUAUUUAUAAAUCAUGCCGGAAAAGGAGGUAUUACAGAAGCCCAGUACCACGGAAAACCCAUGCUUUCGUUGCCGGUUUUUGGAGACCAGCCUGGAAAUGCUCAUGCGAUGGUGAAAAGUUGAUUUGGUCUCACACUCAGCCUUCUUACUUUGGAGGAGGAGCCCUUUAAAGCUGCCAUUCAGGAGAUCUUGUCUAACCCAAAAUACAGCCAAAGAGUGGCCAAGUUUUCCUCCCUCUAUCGAGACCGCCCAGCGACUGCCCGGGAUUCGUUGAUAUUCUGGACGGAGUACGUCAUUCGGCACCGUGGAGCAGCGCAUCUCCAGAGCCCCUUGGUGCACAUGGACUUUAUAAGCGCCAAUAACCUGGAUAUAUAUGCCUUGAUCGCGGCUAUUUUCGUUGGUUUUUUAUUAAUACUAAUGAAAGUUGUUCUACACAUUUGCAAAAUACUUACAACAAAGUCAAAUAAGGUUAAGAAGCAAUGAUUAUUCCUCAUAAAAUCGUUACCUGCUGAAAAGUAGCGCUUGUUGCAGUGUUAAGUAAUAGUAGGGGUUCACGAUAUAUUUCUCCGGCCACAAAUAAGUGAAUGAUGAAAAUAGGCCGAAGUUCGCGAAAUGCAAGAUAUUUACAACCCUGGAAUAUCGUGCCUCUCCCACAAGUUUAAACGAGUUCAACUCAACGAACUCAACUAAACUCUAAAUGAUUACGGGCUUGUGCAGAAACUACCGACCAAAUCGGUUCUAUAACACUGGAAUACCUUAACUACAUCACCGGCGAAAUGCCCUUUUAAUUCGAGAAUGACAGAACCCGACAAAGUUGUCAUGACCAGAAACAUUGUACAUUGACUAUAUAAAGUGUAACUACAGAUGCUUCGAACAUAAUUUAGCGUAAAUAAAAACCUGAUGUUUGGUUAAUUUUCUUUUGCAUUUCCCGCCGAGAUUCCCCUCACGCACCGCGCGCAGGAAAACCGGAGUAGAAUAACAAGUGGAAGUGGCAUGCCCAGAUCCAAAGGUCUGAGCUAUAACCACAAACUCCAGACGGCAGUCUGGUUAUAGCCUUGCACUGAAAAAAUCAGUGUGACACUUUUAAAAAGCAUUAAAUACAAUGUGUAAUAUAAAUAACAAUAGGAAUAAAAUGCAGAUAAGGACACACGUAUCACGGAAAAUAAAGACCACAUUAAAGUACAAGUUGUAGGUUCAUAAGAAAAACUUUACUUAAAUAUCUCCUAAGAUCUUUCGGUGCACU